UGAAAAUGAUUGUUAAGGGGGAGAGAUUUGAAGAUCCCAAAACAACAAUAACGGAGUGUGGACCACUGAAAAGUUUAGAAGAAUUGGACAUGAUGAUUGAAAUACCUCCUGAAUGGUUGAACAACAUUACAUCCAUAGAGAAAAGAAGUGAAACAGUUGUUCAGAACGUUUUAUCCGAUUGCCAUAUUAACUGCUCCAACUAUAAACAGAGACCUAGAUUGGAUGCUAAAUUCACACCUAAGACGCUCGUCUGUCAUGAUUACAAGGGAGGGUAUUUAGAAGAUCGACAUCUGGCUGUUGAAGUGGAAACAGGAAAUCAAUAUACUUUUUAUAAUUGGUCUCAUAUUGAUAUUUUUGUGUACUUCAGUCACCAUUUUAUUACAAUACCUCCUCUUUGCUGGAUCAACGCUGCCCAUCAAAAAGGAGUAAAAAUUUUAGGAACAAUAAUAACUGAAUUCGAGGACGGCACUAAGAUAUGUGAAAAAAUUUUCAAAGAUUCGGACACGGUGCAGCAUUUCAUCAAAAAAUUAUGCAAAAUUACUGAAAUGUUCAAAUUGGAUGGUUGGCUUCUGAAUAUUGAGAAUCCGUUAGAGGACACUGCGGUCCUGAAAGAAUUUGUUGAAGGGUUAACGUCGCAGUUGCACUCUAUAAAUCCAGAAACUUUGAUUAUCUGGUAUGACAGCGUCGUGGAAGAUGGAAAACUCGAAUGGCAGAAUGAAUUAAAUGAGAAGAAUUUGUGUUUCUUCGAACGAUGUGAUGGUAUAUUCUUAAAUUAUGUUUGGACAGAAGAAAAACUGCUAAAAUCCAUUGAAAUAGCUAAAGAAAGAACCAUAGACGUAUAUGUUGGAGUCGAUAUAUUCGGUAGGAACACAUUUGGUGGAGGACAAUUCAAUAGCUACAAGGCGGCAGAAGUGAUAAGAAGGCAUAGCUUGUCUAUGGCUAUUUUCGCGCCAGGUUGGACCCACGAAUCUAUCGUCCAGAGCGACAAUUCUAUAGGCUUGAUGGAACAUUUUUUCAAUAAGGACUGCGCGUUUUGGAAUAGUCUGUGGCCUUACUUAUAUACCCACCCCAUAACCACGUACUUCAAAACUUCUUUCUACAGAGGCGCCGAUACUAACAGAUUCAGCCUGUUCCUGCAACAAACGCAACUUUCGAAGAUAGUCCAUCCCAAAUUCAGUUACCUGGUGCCCAAUUACACAGAAAUACCAACGUUAGAACGUAAAUGUCACUGUAUCCGAUUGGAAUACGAGAACGACGCCCCAACUUGUUUGAUCAACAAACAGGGUCUCAAAAACGAUCCGAUCAUCCAUAACCUGUUCGUUUGCGACAUAAAAGCCGUCGACGAAGUGGUGGUCUUCUUCAAGAAAAAGGCCGAGCCUUUCGGGGUACUCGGUUGGAGGUUGAUGGUCACUUUGGAAAAUGGUUCUCGUCAUGUUGUGACGUUGAACGGAAAAAGACGGAACAGUGUGAACGUGAAUUCAUCGGUGACCCAGGUCAAUCCACUUUCUCAAGAAAAUGAGCUGGUAAAGAUCCUCAAAAAGCAGUAUUCGGUAGUUAGGGGAGUUUCGGAAAUGGUGGUAUACGUUUUCAACGUUCCAAUGUGCCAUAUUCUUGAAAUAGGUGCUAUUUUAGAAGAAGGCGAUGCAGUUUGUUUGGAAAGUUUUGGAAUUGAACCUUCCACUAGGAAAUUGUUGACUUGAUUGCUUCGAAAUUCUUCGUAUGGAGAUUUUCCUUCAAUAAAAGUAUUGUCAUUA